ACAGUGGGUGCAGUUCACAUUAGCCUGGACGUUACAGUUAGCAGGCAUCGCUUUUAAGUGGUCCCCUGUGUCUAACUGUAACACAAUUUCUGUUUACUAAAUCAGAGUUAGGAGCUGUUAUCGAGGCUCUCCGACGACCGCUUCGCCAAGAUGAGCUUCCUGUUCGGUCGCUCAUCCAAGACCUUCAAGCCGAAGAAGAACAUCCCAGAGGGUUCCCACCAGUAUGAGCUGUUGAAACAUGCUGAGGCAACACUGGGCAGUGGGAACUUGAGGCAGGCUGUCAUGUUGCCAGAGGGAGAGGAUCUCAAUGAGUGGAUUGCUGUCAACACUGUGGAUUUCUUCAACCAGAUCAACAUGCUGUACGGGACCAUCACUGAGUUCUGCACUGAGACCAGCUGCUCUGUAAUGUCUGCUGGACCAAGAUAUGAGUAUCACUGGGCUGAUGGCACCAAUAUUAAGAAGCCCAUCAAAUGCUCCGCGCCAAAGUACAUCGACUACCUGAUGACCUGGGUGCAGGAUCAAUUGGAUGAUGAGACACUUUUCCCCUCCAAGAUUGGAGUUCCUUUUCCCAAGAACUUCAUGUCUGUGGCCAAAACCAUCCUGAAGCGCCUGUUCAGGGUUUACGCUCACAUCUACCACCAACAUUUUGACUCUGUGAUGCAGCUGCAGGAGGAGGCCCACCUCAACACCUCCUUCAAGCACUUCAUUUUCUUUGUUCAGGAGUUCAACCUCAUCGACAGGCGGGAGCUUGCUCCCCUGCAGGACUUGAUUGAGAAGCUUGGAUCCAAGGACAGAUAGACAUUUCAUCACACAUUUUCUUUCUUAAACAGUUUCUUUUUCCUCCUUUGUUCCUCUCUGUGACCUCAGCUACCUCUAUGACUUCUAGUCUCAACUCUUUAAAUCUGUGCCUUCUUCUUUUCAUUUCAUGAAUGUUAGUACUGUCCUUUUCUGUUAUUCCUUUUGUUGUCUUUUAUGCUGUCUUUGAGCCCUUUCUUCCAUUUCGCCACUCUAGAUCAUAUAAAAUAGUGUGUAGUUUAGUAAGAAUAUUUUUUCACAGGACUGUGGUCAAUGACUAUCUAAGAACAACCAACUGAAUUUUAUAUUGGACCAAGGACAUGAAUUUAUGAAAGUUACAGUGAAAACCAGCCUUUUUUCCAUUCAAAAGUUGGUGUACAGUGUUUGUAAUUGUGACAACACUUUAGUUAUUGAUAGACAAUUUAAUUUUUGUUAACUUUUAACUUUUGUAAUUACAAUUCCUGACCAAAUAUCCCCAAAUAUCUUUUAUAGAUGUCUGUCAUCAGUGUACAAUGGUAAGUAAAGAUGGCAAGAAAAGCAACAACAUAAAACAGUCGCGUGGAAGGUGUUUUGAGUCACCAACAAGACGGACACAGUAUGCACCGGAAUAUAGCUCUCUUUCACAUGCUGGUUGUGUAUCUGAUACCCCACAUAUGCUAACAUGCUUCCUAUUGACACACUCUUUGACACAGUUACAUGUGAAGAGAUGCCUUUGUUGUCGCCCCACAGAAAACACCAGCAUUGUAGCGAUUUCAGUUUGUUCAUGCAACAUUGUGGCUUGGUUGCUAUAAUGCAAGAUAUGGUGCUUACAGGGAUGCUUUUAAACUGCUUGAUGGUUAUUAUUAAUAGCCACUUGAAGCUUUUGUAAUCAUGACCUUAAUAAGGAGUUAAGUAGAAAUCAUUCAAAAAUAGUCUAAGUCAUUUUAGUUAAUUUUUGAUGGUACUUUUUAAAAAUUAACCCCCCCCCCAACCUAGAGCAAUAACUAUAGCACCUGUGCAUGAUGAGGAUGUGUGAGGUAUAUGUAGCUAUACACAGAUGUCUUGAUUAGUCUUGGUGCAUGUAUCACAGUCAUUUCCUGUGCCUAGCUCUGGCUACAACAGCAGGGCUGUCUGUACUGCCUUCCUUUUACAAACAAAUGCAGCUAGUAUUCCUUAUGAAUGUUAUAUUUGGCAAACUUUGAGCAAGAGAACUCGUCCGUAACCUUCUUCAUGUUGGGCAUAAAUUCACAUCAGACAAUCAUGAAAGCCAUUAAGAGCCUUUACAUAACGUAAUGCAUCACCAGGAUCCAACCAAUGUGACUGGGUGCUAUAAUUGUUCAUUUUAUAAUGUACUCUUGGAGAAGUUGAAAGUCCUUCAACAAUGUGAAAAACCAUGUUUUUACACUUUAACUGAAAUGUAUCCACUUUUUGGCCCUCUGGAUGCUUGAAGAGUGAAAUCAAGCCAGCACCCAGUAAGUUAAUCAUUUAUAUGUUUAUCAAUAUAUUUUACAAGACAAAAAUCUAACAUUUUGCAAGAUUUUAUUUGAAUAUAUAUGGAUAUAUAAUGAGUCCUUUCUUUCAAUCCAGUCUCAUUUUUUUUUUUAAAUAAAUUGCUUUUCUAAGUAUUUUGUUUGUAAACUUUGGGCAUGGAGUUACAUUUUUUAAAUUACAUUGGAGAAAAAAUUGUUGACUUUACCUCUUCGGGAACAAGGGCUUUGAUAUGAAUUAAAAGGUUUAUGUAUUUGAAAUAAUGGUCCAAUCAUUUGGGGAGGGCAUCUUGACAGGGAUGACAAGUGAGGAUUUAUGUACUGCGUCCUAACAUUUGCUGUAAAUAAGAUCAGUGUUUUAUCUGAACAAAACUGCCUUUCAAAAAUGAAAAUGUCUGAUGUGACAGUAUUGGUAGAUCAAAAACUUAAUAAACUCUGAAAGGACAA